AUGCAUCUGCUUCCACGCGAACGAGACAAGCUCUUGCUUCAUCAGGCCGGCUCCCUCGCCCAAAAACGUCUCGCACGCGGGGUGCGGCUCAACCAGACCGAAGCCACUGCACUCAUUGCCACUGUGCUGCACGAACGCAUCCGCGAUGGAGAGCAUUCGGUCGCUGAGCUGAUGCAGCACGGAAAGACGCUCCUGGGUCGGUGUCAUGUUUUGCCUGGCGUGGCAGAGCUGCUGCACGAAGUCAUGGUCGAGGGCACUUUUCUCGAUGGCACCUUCUUGGUCACUGUGCACCAGCCAGUCUGUACAGAAACGGGCGAUAUUCACGCCGCGCUCUAUUCGAGCUUCUACCCGGCUCCCGAUCCGAGUGUGUUUUUGGCCCAGGUGGAAGCAGAGGCGGCAAAGUUCGCAGGCGGUAAGGCGUUGGUCGGUAAAGCGGCAGGUGCAGACGAAAUCUUACCCGGAGCACUGGUCACAAAGAGAGACGCGCAACCUAUCGUGCUGUGCCCCAACCGUCAACGCGUUGCAGUCAAAGUGACAAACACAGGCGACCGCCCUAUCCAGGUCGGCUCGCACUACCCUUUCCUCGAGACCAACGCUGCCCUCAGCUUCCCGCGUCUCCUAGCCCUUGGCAAACGUCUUGACAUCGCCGCGGGCACAGCCAUCCGCUUCGAACCAGGCGACUCGAAAACUGUCACGCUCGUCCAAGUGGGCGGCACCAAAAUCCUUGCUGGCGGAAACAAUCUCGCCGCCGGACCUCUGGACGAGUUCACGGCCACCGCAGAAUCCAAAGCCGCCCUGGUCAAACGCAUCGAAGCCGCUGGGUUCGCCAACGAGCCGCUUCCAGAUAUGGCCGACGACUCGGUCCCGCCACCGACACCGUGCGAACUCUCGCGCGACGCCUACGCUGCUCUCUACGGCCCCACCGUCGGUGACAAGGUCCGGCUGGCAGAUAGCCCGCUCUGGCUCGAGGUGGAGAAGGACUACACGGUGUAUGGCGACGAACUCAAGUUUGGCGGUGGCAAAGUGCUUCGAGAUGGCAUGGGUCAGGCUUCGGGUCGUGCGGACAGCGCUGUGCUCGACAUUGUCGUCAUCAACGCGCUUAUCGUCGACUGGUGGGGCAUCGUCAAGGCUGAUAUCGGUAUCCGCAAUGGUCACAUUGUGGGGAUCGGCAAAGCGGGCAACCCGGCCAUCAUGGAUGGUGUUGACCCAAACCUCGUUGUGGGCUCGUGUACCGAGGUGAUUGCGGGCGAGAAGUUUAUUGUGACGGCAGGGGCGAUCGAUGCGCACGUGCAUUUUAUCUGUCCCGACCUGCACGAGGAAGCUCUGGCUACGGGUACCACCACGUUGAUCGGCGGUGGCACAGGCCCCACAGCGGGGACGAGCGCAACGACGUGCACGCCUGGCCAGGAUCAGCUUCGCAACAUGAUGAUCGCCACGGACAACGUGCCGCUCAACUUUGCCUUCACGGGCAAAGGCAAUGACUCGGGGUUGCCCGGGUUGGAGGAUCAAAUCCGCGCCGGCUGUGCGGGCAUGAAGAUUCACGAGGACUGGGGUGCGACGCCGGCGGUGAUCGACGCGUGCCUGACUGCGUGCGACAAGUACGACGUGCAGUGCAACAUCCAUACGGACACGCUCAACGAGUCGUGUUUCGUCGAGGGUACGCUGGCGGCGUUCAAGGGGCGUACGAUCCACACGUACCACUCGGAGGGCGCGGGCGGUGGACAUGCGCCGGACAUCAUCCGCGUGUGUGGAGAGGACAAUGUGUUGCCUUCGUCGACCAACCCGACGAGGCCGUAUGCGCGCAACACGUUGGACGAGCAUCUGGACAUGCUCAUGGUUUGUCAUCAUCUGUCGAAGGACAUUGUCGAGGAUGUGGCGUUUGCCGACUCGAGGAUUCGCGCCGAGACCGUAGCUGCGGAAGACGUGUUGCAGGACAGCGGCGCGAUCAGCAUGAUCAGUUCCGACUCGCAGGCCAUGGGACGCAUCGGCGAGGUGGUGGCGCGCACCUGGAGGACUGCGUCCAAAAUGGCGAGCCUCGUCGGACCGUUGCGCGAAGAAGGCUCCCCGAGCAAAUCUGCGGGCGUCCCACACCCGAGCGAGGCCGUUUCAGACAACCUGCGCAUCAAACGCUACGUGGCCAAAUACACGAUCAACCCUGCCCUCGUCCACGGCUGUGCGCACCUCAUUGGCAGCAUCGAGCCGGGCAAGCUCGCCGACAUGGUAUUCUACUUGCCCUCAAAAUUCGGCAUCUGCCCCGAAUUUGUGCUCAAAGGCGGACAGGUCGCAUGGGCGCAGAUGGGCGAUGCCAACGCAUCCAUCCCGACGGUGCAGCCGAUCUACGGCCGACCCAUGCACGGCGCCAACGCCGAAGCGGCACCGAGGAACUCGAUCCUGUUUGUCUCGCAAGUCUCGAUCGCCGAGGGCAUCGUGCAGACCUACGGCGUCAACAAGCGCGUGGAAGCGGUCAAAGGCUGCAGGAAGGUCAGCAAGAAGGAUAUGAAGCUCAACACGCACACACCCGAUUUGAAGGUCGAUCCAGAGACGUACGAGGUGACCGACGGCGGCCGGCUGUUGACUGUCCCGCCCGCGGACGAGCUGCCCAUGACGCAGAGCUUGCACUUGUUCUAA